AUGAGAGUUAGCUUAGCUACACAAAUUCUUAACAAAUCAGAAGCUGAUGGUUUAUCAUUUUACAGCAAACAUAAAAUUCCAGAAAUGCAAAAUUGUGAUGCAACAAUCAAUUUUUCUCUUGUUUUUAAUGUUAUGUUUGACGCCCUCAAUGCUAAAAUUCCUUGUCAGGGAGUUCAUCUAAAUUCAAAAAAUUACGAGAUACUUCAACGUUCUUUAAAAUGGUUAGAUAGCUGGGAAUCUAAUGUCAUAUCUGAAAACAUUUCUGAAAGUGAAUUUUUAACUAAAAGCACGGCAGAAGUUUUGAGAGUUACCAUAAAUUCAUGGAAAAUCAACCAAGACGCCCUUGAACGAUUUUUUGGUACCGUGAGGAUGGCUUCUGGAGCAAACGAUCAUCCCUCUACACCUACAUUUUUGCAAGUGUACAAGCUUCUUACAGUAUAUGUCAUUUUGAAACCACCUAAGUACGGAAAUUGUACUGUAGAAAAAACAGAUAUUAGUAAUAAUUUAAUAAAAAUAUCAGACAUACAAAAUAUUUAUACCAGUUCAGAAACUUCCUCAUUGGAAAAGCUACAAAAGAAACUCGAUGGCUUUGUAAAUCAAGGCGAAUGGGAAUUUUCUGACAUCGUUGAACAUGAUUAUUCAAUUGCACCUAUUAUUGACUGUUUAAAGUACUAUGUGGCAGGCUACUUAAGUCAUCAAAUAACUAAAAGAUCAAGUUGCAUAAAAUGUAAAUCAGCAUUUACUGUGAUAUCAAAUUUUAAACCAGAAACUGAUCUUACAAAUAUUAAAAGCAGAGGAUGGUUAAAACACCCAAACCCAUAUUUGUACAGCUUAAUAAGUGCAAUUGAAGAUGAAUUCAUGAAACAUGUAAAUAGCAAUACAGUUUUUUAUGAUAUUAUUGAUGGUUUGAUUACUCAGUAUGGUUCUUUCACAUUUCCAUGUACUGAACAUAAAUAUUAUGUAAUAUCGUUUACAAUAAAAUAUUAUAUUAAUAUGCGUUUAAGACAGUAUACAAGGCAAUCCAAUCAAGAAAAAGUAAAGGAAAAUGCUAAAAAAAAAAAUAUCCAAAUUUUGUACCACUUAGUCUUUAGAAGUUUUAAACUAUAA